AUGGUGUGGAUGCGAUAGACGAUGCAGAAAAGGUCGACUACGGUAGUGAGGAAGGCGAAGUGUGAAUGGCACUGCGCAGACUACACUGACCUGGAUGUAUCGACGUGUUGCCGAGGGCCCAGGCUGAUGCUGAUGCUGAUAAAUUAAUCAAACUUUUACAGGCACGACUAAUCCUCGAUCCAAAGGGGCGGCGAAUGACAGGUGCGGGGGUGUGCGCAGUUUUCAUGGGGAAAAAACAACCAGCGGCAAACCCUCGGCCCAGAAUGACGUUGCCAUUCAAUGGAUUUCUAAUAAGCCGCAAUUGCGUGCUUGACUCGCCUGCGCAUAAGUUAUAUAAGACGCCACACUACCAUUGGGGUCUGUGUCCGUCCAUUUGCGUUAUACCCAAGCACAUCUACACCCAGCAGUCUCAUAUCAUCCACAACAAUGUCGUCGACCGCUACGCAGACCACCACCUCAACAACCCUCUCCGGCGUCCAAGAUUCCUCAUACGUCCCUCGAGGACCAGUCCGGACUAAGUUGAACUUCUUCAAAGACCCUGCAGAUGGGUCAAAGCCCCAUAACUACGUCGAGCAACCGCCCGAGGGCCAGCCCCAGCGCAACUUCGGGGAAACGGUAGUGGACAUCGAAAUGAAUGAUGUUCGCGGUCGCGAAGAAGAAUUCACUCUGGACAAAGACGCCUUCCAGGCGAUCAAGAACAUUCCGUCAGAAGAGAAGGAUUUCGUCGAUGACGAUCAUAUCAAGAACACCUACUACCCAGAAGUAGAGAAACUGCUGUUGGACCACGUCCCCGGCGCCCACAAGGUCACUCUUUUCGACCAUACCAUCCGUCGGUCUAACCCCGAUGCACCCCGCGCCCCCGUUACGAGAGUCCACGUCGACCAGACAGCUCGAUCGACGGAUUGGCGAGUCAAGCUGCACAACCCCGAAGAGGCGGACGAACUUCUCAAGGGUCGGUAUCGAAUCAUUAACGUUUGGCGGCCUAUCAACGGCACUGUCCAGGCGCAUCCGCUGGGCUUUGCCUCUGCCGACACCGUGGAGGAUAAUGAUCUUGUUCCCGUCGAACAUCGGUACCCUCACCGGACUGGUGAGACAGCCGCCGUCAGAUAUAACUCCAACCAGAAGUUCUAUUACUGGUCCGGCAUGGACAACGACGAAAGGCUGUUCUUGAAGUGCUACGACAGCAAGGAUGGCGUGGGCCAGAGAGUGCCGCACACUGCUUUUGUCGACCCUAGGACACCUGAGGGUGCCAAGGGACGUGAGAGCAUUGAAGUGCGUGCGCUGGUUUAUGGUUAG